AGUAACAUUAAUAUUUAUCAUUAUUAAAUAAAGGUUUGCCCUAGGUACAUUAUCUGCAAACCAUUUUCUGCUAUAGUUUUGUUACUAUGUAGGUAUGCACAUAAUUUUAGUGAAAGUAUUUAAAAUUAGGUAAAAAAUGUUGAUACAUUCCAGAGGCAAUAAGGAGAAGAGAAAGAUGUGAAAAGGAAUAGAUUUAAUUUAUGAUCAAUAUUAUCUUUUAUUAUACAUAUAAUUAUAAUAUGUGUAUAAUAACUAUCUUUAAUUUUCUAAGCAAAGCAAAAUUUAAAAAAAAAUUUUAAUUUAAAGCAAAAUUUGGUUUAGAAAUUUUGAUUUAGAAAUUUCGGCGCUUUUCCUCUAGUCCUUAAUCAUGGCACAACAAAGAUUUAUAAGUUUAUGUGUGUACGCGCAUGCAGAAGAAUGUAUGCAGAAAGAAUGCGUCAUUAUUAAUUAAUUAGAAUGAAUUUUAGCACUUGUUUCGUUGAAGUUCGUUAAAAAGUGAUACAGGCAAAAUUUAGUGGUACGAUAAAGUAAGUAAUAUUUUUUUAUUAAUUCUUUCCUUCAUUGCAAAAUGAUGUAUUGCAAAUGUGCAAUUGCAUUUUUUUCUUUCAUGCAUAUCUUUCCUACGUACGUAAAUUGAUUUUUCUGUUGUGCUAUGAAUAUUAGGCGCUCAAAUUAAUUCGAUGCUUUUCUUGAAGAAAUUGAGCCUUUAUUACAAUAAUAAUAAGAAACAUGUCAAUCUUCGAAAUAUUCGCCAACAUUUUUUAAUACUUUUCUCUAUCUCUAUACCGAGCAGAGAGGGGAUGAUAAAUUCUCUCUCGAAAAAAAGAAAGUAAAUAAAUCUCAAUGUCUUGAAAAAAAAGCACCGAAUUAAUUUGUACAUCCAAUGCUUUAUUCAAGAUGUUCAAACGUAUCACUGUUACAUAACGAUAUUUUUUUACCUGCUUGUUUAUAUUCCCUAUUAAAGUAUCAAAAUGAUCACUAUUUGUGUUUUUAAACAUUUACUUCAAUUUGUUUUUUUAAGUUUUUAACAAUAAAUAAAUAGGCAUGAAUAUAUACUUUGUGUUUGAAAUAAUUCUAUAGCAAAAAGUCCAGAGAAUUUAAUUUAAGUUAGGCGAAUAUGACAGCAAAAGUAUCAGAUUAGAUGUUCCAAACUAUUCUUUAUCAUAAAAUUUUUCUUAAAUGACUUGUUGCUAUAAUAAUGUAUGCACAUAGUUUUGUUAUUUAAAAUUUAUAAUAUUUAAAAUUUAUUUGUGCUUGCAGAGGAAUAUAUUAAUUAUUUAUUGCAGAAAAAAUAACUGGCACAUAUUCUAGAAAAUGUCAAUAUCUCAAUAUUCAUUGCCUUAUGCGUUCUCAAGUAUUUAUAAUCAAUGUAUAAUCAUAAACACAGUAAUAUGUGACGGUGGAACGGUGGUUUAAAUAUUUCCUCGAGUAAAGCAUACGCGCCACUUAAAAAUUUCAAAUAUCUCAUGCAAUGUUUACUUCUCGAGUGCCUCAACCUGACACUUUUAUACGCAGAAUUUUCGCAGGAAAAUCUAUUUAUGUAUAAAGGAAAAUAUGAUUCCGUUAAAGAAAAAGUGCAAUUACAUUUUUUCAUUCCAUUGUUACAUGUAUGGAAAGGAUAAAUCGAUAAAAAAUAAACUUGUAAGAAAUAAAAGAUACACAGUAUAAAUAGAAGAUACAAUUAAUAAAUAAAAUUAUAAAUUAUAAAUAAAUAAAAUAGAAGAUACAAUUAAUUAUUUUUUCUUUCUUCAUCCAAACAUGUGCUAGAAUCUAUCCCAAUUUCAUGAUGUAUGAAAUCCUCUCUUGUAUGUAUAUGUGUAGGAUAGGAAUAGAUAUGCAUGAUGCGUGUGUGCGCGCGCGCCUUAUAAAAAUUUCUUCAUAUUAUGAUAACUGUUUCACGAAGAUAAUUUGUUCUACAGUUUUAAAUAUCUUGUACCUCUCUGAGAAGUUUUAUUUAAGAAACUUAUAUUUGCGAAUAUGUACUUGGUAGUAACAUUGAGUGAUUUACGUUAAACAUCAAUAUACAUAUGAUGAUGUCAAAUAACUAUAUUUGAUAAUAUUAAAUUAUUAUAAUAAAUAAAAAUAUUAAUAAAACUUGAGAGACAAGUAUUUAGAAGUCAGAAAAAUAAAAAGGUACGAUUAUUAUGGCCAAAUGGUAAGAGCGCAACAGUAAUAAAACUGCGGCAAUGUAAGUGGUACGUAUAUAUUAUGUACCAGUGCCCCUGAAAGGGUUAAACUUGAGAUACAUUCCCGGGUGGCGGGACGAAACGACCCAUUCCUGAGUCCACCGUACCUACCUCUAAUAUGAUUUCCACCUCGAGACUCCGCCUUCUGCCAUCAAAACAGAUGACUGAGGAUCCGCGCAGCAUCCUACAGUGGUCCAUCGGCAGUUAGCGUGGGCGCUCGUGUAGGAGGAUCUUCCGAGAAGCCCUCCUCUGUUCCGUUUCCCACCCUAAGCUCUCGCUCUAUCUCUCUAGAGAAGCGGGACAAGGAGGGCGAGAGAGAGAGAGAGAGGAAGAGGGGAGAGGGAGCGAAAAAAGAAUGAGAGAAAGAGGGAAAGAGGGAGAGGGGACGUUCUCUACUUUGAGAGAGAAUGAUGCCUCGAUGAUAAGCCGCAAGUAGUCGCUCCGGUCGAGUUCUUUCCGAUUUCUUCCCGGGAUCCGGGAAGAAACGCGCGGCUUUGAGCGUCCUUGUCAACGUCCAGACGCGGAGGUGAGGACAAGUCCUGUUGGCGGUAGAGAGCGGUUUCAUCUCGACGAUGUCGGGAGUCGUCGGGUACUCGGGUAGAAUUGGGACAUCGGCAUCGCGCGAAGUCUAAAGCUUGACAACAUAGCCGAAUCUUUUCUAAUGGCAAGUCGCCUGAAGAGAAAGAGAGAAAGAGAAUGCUGAAGCAAUCCGUCUUCCGGUCUUACAUUGCCGAUGACACGAUUGCAUAAGAAUAACAAACGAGGGAGGGAUCGCAAAUUUUUAUGUAAUCCAAGCACGUUUAAUGCGCGGUCGAUACGUAUAUUUUAGUUAAACAUUGAACGACUAUUACUGGUGUACGUGUCCCGAGAUGCUGCUCAGGUGUAUCGCACGUAUAUCCCCGAAUGAGAGUGCGUUGAUGAAAAAAUAAGAUGAAAGUAAUUCGCGAGUGCAAACGCUGUUCUCCUUUACUCAAUUUAUAUGGAAAAUGCCGAAGAAUCGCGCGCGCACGCGCGCUCGCGUACAGUGUAUUUUGCGAUACAAAUUGUGAUGUGUAAUGCAAACUUACGUUGGCGUUUAAUAAGUGUUUAGUUAUGUAGUAUUGAGGUACAGUAAUGGUAUAUAGUGAUUAUUAAUGCUGAUAGUGGUAAUUGACGCUAACUCUUCUUCCCUCCCUCUCUCUUGAUAAGCAUGCAACCGCAGCAGGAGCAACAAUGCGAAAUUGCAAAUAACUAUUGUUACCAGCAAUGGUCAGCGCAUGAUCAUCACAAUAAUCAUCAUAGUAAUUAUCAUCAUCAUCACCAUCAUCAUCACCAUCAUCAUCUCCAUCAGCUUCACCAGCAUCAGCAAUUGUCCGCUGCACCAUCGCCAAUGCAACAAAUGGAAGCCUGCUUGCAAAGUGCCGGAAGAAUGAAGCAAUCGCGCUGUCCGAAUUUGUCGAAAAUCACUUUGCCAACCCACAUGGCAAAUCCAAUCUCUUCGGCAGCCGAAGUAGAGUCUCGCAAUGAUAAUAACAACAAUAAUCAUCAUCAUGGUGAUAAUAAUCAGCACAUAAGCGACGAUGGUGCGUCUUCCAUCAAAGAGUUAAACAUCAAGCGACCGCUCCAUCCGGCGUUAGUUGGCGCCGAUGCCGCUCUCGAGGCAAAAUCAUUAUGGGAGGAAUUUCAUCAGCUGGGUACCGAGAUGAUUGUUACGAAGGCUGGAAGGAGAAUGUUUCCUACGUUCCAGUGUCGACUAUUCGGCUUGGACCCCAACACGGAGUAUCUGAUGGUAAUGGACUUUGUUCCAUGCGACGAUAAGAGGUAUCGAUAUGCGUUUCAUAGCAGCGCCUGGGUUGUGGCGGGUCGCGCGGAUCCUGUAUCACCUCCCAGGAUCCACGUACAUCCUGACAGCCCUGCGAGCGGUGCUCAUUGGAUGAAACAACCAAUCUCCUUCGAUAAAUUGAAACUGACGAACAAUCAGCUUGACGAUAAUGGACACAUUAUCCUAAACUCGAUGCACCGUUAUCAACCGCGCUGCCACGUGGUGGUCGCUCCAUCGCCACCUGGUUCAGCGCCGGAUCCCCACACGGAGAACUUUAAGACAUUCUUCUUCGCCGAGACCAGAUUCACCGCGGUGACUGCCUAUCAGAACCACCGGAUAACCCAACUGAAGAUCGCUAGUAACCCAUUUGCUAAGGGUUUCCGGGAUUGCGAGUCCGACGAGUGCGAAGGCGUGGCUAUCGCCGGGGUGCAGAAUCCUGCAAAGAGACCGUCUGCGGGAACUGGAAGCACCGGAAGCGUUUUGCCGUCCAGUUACAACACGGUACCGGCGACGAUGCAGAUUCCGAGCAUAUCCGCUCCUCAGGAGCAUCAUCAGUUCUAUGGGGCAACCACCGCUGGUCACUGGACGCAUUAUCCAAGUCACCAUGGGCAAUCGUCGACGCACAUUAAUUCGAUUCAUUACCCGGUGCACACGCAGCAUUCGCACUCGACUGCUUCUCUCUAUGGAUCUCGAUAAUUGCAACAACUUUCAACUUGCAUCAUCCUUCAUUGAUUUCUAGCUCGCAUGUUUGUGGGAUUCCAGUAUUUUCAUAUUCUGCUCUCUAUUUUAUUUUUCUUAUUUUUGUCGAUUACUAUAAUUGAUCAUUUCUGUUUUUCAUCAAUGGAGAUUUAAUAUAUUUUUGAGAAAGAGUUUUCUUUAAGAAAAAUUUGGCUUUACAUUCGUUUAAAACAAAAAAAGGAUAUAGUUACUUAUAACUUAUUAUAAUUAUAUAUUAUUUAUUAACUUUGCUUAAUGCAAUAAUCAAUGAUUUAUUAUCAGGGGAUUUCAUCUAAAAUACUUAUCAAAAUUUUGUAUGUAAAAUACGGAAAUAUUAAGUUUUGAUUAUUUUUACGAACAUAAGGAUUGUUCAUGUUGAUUUAAAUGGCUCAUAAAAUUAAUUUAACUUAACUUAUAUACACAUGUACGAUUUUACAUCAUAAUUUUGCAUAAGAAUGGUUUUUAGUCUGAGAUUUUUUAUUCUUCUCUUUUCUUAUAAGAUAUAGAAGAUAUAUAAUUGAUAAUAAUUUACCGUGCUUAAUAUAGCGUAAUAGCGUAACUUGUAUUAAAGAUCGUGUCAGUAUUUGAUUCUAUGAAUCGAUUUAAAUUAUGUGCAAUAAAAAAGUUUCUUAGUGAUUUUCAUAUUUAUAUUAUACUCGAUGAUAACUGGAAAUAAUAUUUAAUCAUUGGAAAAUCCGUAAUAUUAAUUGACAUUGCAUAUGCUUAUUUAUAUUUGUGAAAGGAAAAAAUAUUUUUCUUUUACCUUUGUAUUAAACGUGCAAUAUUGAGAAUAUCAGAUCAAACAAGAAAAUCAAAAGACAAGGAAAAUAUAUGUUUAUAAAACAUAAUUAAUGAUAUCAAACUGUUUAUUCGCAAAUGAAUUACAAUAUCAUUAUCUGUGUAGAAAUCUUUCUAAACGUUCGAAAUUUUGAAUUAACGAAAAGAGAUAAAUUGGCUGAUCAAAGUUGCUAGUGAAGUUGCGGAAGACCGGGAUAGUAAGUGCCUUUUGUAGGAGCAAAGUGCGUCUAUUUUUACUGAGUGUCUCAAAUGCCGAACGAGCCUAAAACGUUCUCUCGAGCCAAGAGACGAGAAAGUAAACGCGCCGUGACACUCCAUGAGAGUGCGCAGCUAUUAAGUGCCAUAAUAAAUUAUGCCACAGAGUAUCGUGCUUUGUUAUGCCUUUAACUAUUAAAGAGCUCUUAUCCUUGUUCAUUGUACGAUAAUGGUACAAAGGCGUUUUGUAGCUAAACAGAAAAUAAAUAUAUAAUGUAAUUACUUC